UAUCAAUGUGGCUGCUUCCUCGCUGAUCGCCAACAUCGGGAAUUCCAAGCUGUCAUCAUGUCGGGUGCAGUAGGCCGAGAACCAGUCUUCCCGACUCGCCAGUCGCUGGGGUUGAUGAAGAGCAAGCUGAAGGGGGCAGAGACGGGCCAUAGCUUGCUUAAGCGCAAGAGUGAAGCUUUGACAAAGCGUUUCCGAGAAAUUACAAGACGUAUCGAUGAGGCCAAACGAAAGAUGGGCCGGGUGAUGCAGAUUGCUGCCUUCUCGCUUGCCGAAGUCAGCUAUGCAGUUGGUGGAGAUAUUGGAUACCAGGUUCAGGAGUCGGCCAAGCAGGCUCGAUUCCGUGUCCGAGCCAAGCAAGAGAACGUCUCCGGAGUGUUCCUACCGCAAUUCGAGAGCUACACCCAGGAGGGCGUUAAUGACUUUGCCUUGACUGGUCUUGGCAAGGGAGGACAGCAAAUCCAGCGAUGCCGAGAGACAUACGCGCGGGCCGUGGAGACAUUGGUGGAGCUGGCCAGUCUACAGACUGCAUUCUUGAUUCUCGAUGAGGUUAUCAAGGUCGUCAACCGAAGAGUAAACGCGAUCGAGCACGUCAUCAUUCCUCGUACCGAAAACACUAUCAAAUACAUCAACUCCGAGCUCGACGAACUUGAUCGAGAGGAGUUCUACCGCCUCAAGAAGGUCUCCGGCAAGAAGCAGCGAGACACUGCUGCCGCUGAUGCCGAGAUUCUUGCAGCCCGGAAAAAGGCAGAGGCAGAGGAAGCAGCGGUUGCCGUUAUUGCUACGGAGCCCGAGGCUGCUCCCGAAGCUGCCGAUGUCCUAGGCGAGCAGGAGGAUACUGAUGUCAUUUUCUAGGUGCUUUAUCUCUCGUUUUGUUUUACCUCGGACUACUAGUUCCCUUGCAUUUUCUUGUUCACUGUAUCAUGUUACUCUCAACCUUCAAUAUGUGACUUGCAAGCCUUGUUUACCUAGUCGGCUUAUCUCCCGGAAAUACCAUUUGACCUACUCCGUUCCCUGGGUAUAUACUCUGAGGUAGCCACAGCAAAAUCGAACC